UAUUAAACAAAGUAAGAAUUUCAAUGUGCAUAUAUUUACAGGUAUUUAUCUUGUCUGUGAUUGCCGGUGUCAUCGCCAAGCCUCAGGGUUAUAAUUUGACUCCGCCUUCCGGUCCAUCUUUACUAACACAAAGAUGCAGCAACGGACAGGUGUUACAUGUGGACGGUAGAUGCGUAACUCCAAGAGUCAACCGUCGUGUUUUCUUGUAUGAUGUGCCAAGAACUCCCACGCCAGUGGGUCCUCCACCUUUCAUCCCUGCACCAACCGUGGAGACUAACCUGUUGUUUAUCCGAACUCCCGAAGGAGGACAAGGACCAGAUCCCAUUGUUGUACCUCCUCCGCAGCAGGAACACGUCGUGUACAUCCUCAAUAAACAGUCUGACGAAGGUCAAAAGGUGAUCGAAGUUCCAGCACCGCCACCAUCCGAUCCUGAAGUGUACUUCGUUAACUACGCUGAAGGAGAGAAUCCAACUCUUCCAAGUGGAGUGGAUCUGCAGACUGCCUUGGAUGCGGCUUCGUCUGGUAGUGGUCAGGUGGUUGGGAGUUCUGAAAGCUUCGGAAACGGGGAAGCUGGGAUUAAUGGUGGUUUCGGUAGCAGCAGUGGUUUCGGAAGUGGCAGUGGUUUCGGAAGCAGCAGUGGCUUUGGAAGUAGCAGUGUUUUCGGAAGCAGCAAUGUUUUUGGAAGUAACAAUGGUUUCGGAAACAGUAAUGGUUUUGGAACCAGUGGUGGUCUUGGGAGAAGCAAUGGUUUCAGAGUGAACGGUGCUUCUGGAGGCAGCAGUGGUUUCGAAAGUAGCAAUGGUUUAGGAAGCAGUAAUGGCUUUGGAAGUAGCAAUGGUUUCGGAAGCAGCAUUAGUUUUGGUACCAUUGGUAGUCUUGGAAGCAGCAAUGGUUUCGGAGUCAGCGGUGCUUCCGGAGGCAGCAACGGUUUCGGAGUCAGCGGUGCUUCCGGAGGCAGCAAUGGUUUAGGAAGCAACGGUGGUUUCGACAGUGACAUUGGUUUCGGAAGCAGCAAUAGUUUUGGUACCAUUGGUAGUCUUGGAAGCGGCACUGGUUUCGUAAUCAACAAUGCUUUCGGAGGCAGCAAUGAUUUCGGAAGUGGCAAUGGUUUUAUAAGCAACAGUGGUCUCGGAGGCAGUAAUGGAUUCGGAAGUUUUACUGAUUUCUCAUCAAGAAGUGCAGAUGGAAUUAAUGGCGGAUUCAGCAGCGGUAGUGUCAGUGGUGCUGGAAUCAGCAGCCUGUCAGGGAUUGGUCACGCAUCAACGCUGCCCAGUCUGUACACAACACCUUAACAAGGUCAUUCAUACAGAAAAGCUAGUGAUGUUAAAUCAUGUAAAUAUAUUUUUGUUAAAAAUCUGAUAAUCUGAAUAAAUCACAUAUCGAAC